AUGAACGAUAGUGAUGAGAUAAAUGUAAGACUUGAAGAUGAUUUGAUCGAGUGGAUUAAAGUGAGUAUAGUUAAAGGAGAUAAAGAUAUAAUUUGUAAAAUAUGUGAUAGAUAUAUGGAUAAAAUACAAAAGUUAUUUUGGAAUAAAAGAUGUGAAGAAACGAUAGAACUGGAAAAAACUAGAGGAAUAACGAAAGAAUUAAAAAGGAAAAGAGGGAAAAAAGUAAUUGAGAGUGAAGUAGUAGUGGCGACGAAGGAAAAAAUAAAAUUAAAAAAAAUAAAAAUAGUUACAAAAAAUAUGAUAGUAAAGAUAACGUAUUUAGAUUGGGAGAAUAUGAUAAACAUAAAUGGGGAUAUAAAAAAUAAUGGUAUCGUUCCAGUCUUCCAGAUUUAA